AUGUCCUUCUCAACUCAGCAGGAGGCCGCUAUUAAGCGGAACCCGCACCCGGACUUCAAGAAGGCCGAGGCGUCGCGCCCGGACUGGGAUAACGAGUCGCAGUUCCGGUAUACCAAAACCGCCGCUCCUGACUGGCCCAUCGGCUCCGGCGCUAAUAGCCAGCGCGCUGCCGAGGCAGACGACAAGAAACACGUGUGCAUCGACCCGUACGAGGCAGGGCGCCCCCUCACCUUCAACUACAAGCUACUCAUCAGCGGCAUCGUACCGCGACCCAUCGGAUUCGUAUCGUCGCAAGCCGCAGACGGCAGCGCGCGCAACCUAGCGCCCUUCUCAUACUUCAACAUGGUGAGCCACGACCCGCCGCUCUUCGCGCUCGGCGUAGCCGCCACGCUCGCCACGACCCGCCGCUCUUCGCGCUCGGCCCGGGAGUGCGUGGUCAGCAUCAUCGGCGAGGACUUCCUCGAGGCGGCGAACGCGACAAGCGUGGACGCCCCGUACGGUACCAGCGAGUGGGACGUCAGCGGUCUGACACCCGUAUACGACACGCGCGACGUCAAGGCCCCGAGGGUAAAAGAGGCUGUGUUCAGCGUCGAGUGCAAGCUCGAGAGCGUGCGCGAGUUCGAGAGCCGGGCUGAGCCGGGGAAGAAGACGGGGUGUCUGGUUCUACUCGAGGGCACGCGAUUCUGGGUCCGCGAGGAUGCGGUUAAUGAGGAGCGCAGUUUGAUUGAUCCCGCGGUGCUUAGGCCGGUGGGCCGGUUGGGAGGGAUCACGUAUGCUCGUGUUACGGAGGCGGUGGAGAUUCAGAGGCCGAGGUUUAGGGAGGAUGUUGGUGGGGUGGAGGGGUUGGAGAAGUUAAAGGGGGAGGGGAAGGGAGAGGAUAAGUCUACGUAGUGCUUGACUCCGAUUUGAUGUCGGGGGCUAGCAAAUACGGCUUAUUAGGGGUUGUUCUGUGGUGGGUUUAUUCGAGUCGUUUGAGGCUCGGUAGUAUGCUUAGACUACUAGAAGGCGCAGUAUCUAGAACGGGAAGUACGAGGCGAAGAUGCUUGAGUCUAGAUGUAUUAUCGUAUUUGGAGUAACUUAGCAUAGAAGUUGAAAUAGAUGCGUAUACAAUACAGUAUAGUAUGAUUGUUCUAUCCCAAGAAUAUAAACGGGGUUUCGUAU